AUGGUUUCAACUUUGAGAUUCUUUCAUGCAAUAGUACAUCUCAUCUUGUUUCUUGUGCUGCCUCAAUGCCAUGCAUCUCACAGGCAUAGUAAGAAACCUGGUUCCUGGAAGCAGGCUCAUGCCACCUUCUAUGAAGGUGAUACAGAAACGUAUGGUGGUGCCUGUGGAUACAAAGAUGUUGUCCAACUAGGGUACGGAUUGGACACAGUGGCAGUGAGCAAUGUUUUAUUCGAGGAAGGGAAAGGCUGCGGUGGUUGCUAUGAGAUCCAAUGCAUAAACAGUCAACAAUGGUGUAAACCAGGCCAACCAUCUAUCUUUGUUACAGUAACAGAUAAUUGUCCUCCAAGUUACCAAAGCGAUGGAUGGUGUAAUCCUCCAAGACAACAUUUUGAUCUUGCCAAGCCUGCUUACCUCAAAAUUGCUGAAUACAAGGCUGGCAUAGUUCCUGUUCAAUACCGAAGAGUUCCAUGCAAUAAGCAAGGUGGUAUCAAGUUCACCAUUAAUGGCCACCAGUACUGGAACGAAGUUUCAGUGUGGAACGUCGCCGGAUCUGGCGAUGUCAAGAGUGUGCAGGUAAAAGGUGACGGGAAGCUUCGAUGGACGCCGUUGACACGAUCAUGGGGUCACAGAUGGACGACCGGCGCCAACCUCACCGGCCAAGCUCUUACCUUCCGGGUUCAGGGAAGUGACGGCAGAUUUUCAACUUCGUGGCGUGUUACCCCUAAGAACUGGCAGUUUGGUCAGACUUUUCAAGGCAAGAAUUUUCGCAAGUGAUCAUCUUUUCUUUCUUCUUUCUGAUCUGCAUCUUUAGCCUUGUCUGUGAUUAAUGAUUGGUAGCCGUUGAC